AUGUCUCCUCCAUUAACCCAAACAAGCAUGGAUAUUUCCGGCAUUUGCAGAAAGCCUGUCGAGUUAUGCAUAUUGGAGGAACACGUAGACAUCCUGGCACAUCAAAUCCCCCAAGGAAAGGAAUUUUUUUCGAUUAUCAAAGCGAGCCUCAGAAAAGUCGAUGAACCUCCGGUAGGAACAGCCAGAACCGAGCACUGGAGAUUCGCUUGCCAAAGUUAUCUCCGAAAUGUCAGCAAAAUACUUUCAUGGGUCACCUUUAGGCGCCAAAUACUUUACCGCGAAGCCCAAGCAGACUUGUGGAACAAGACCAAAUCUUUUGAUCAUACUUUUACGAAGAGUCGGAUUCCACGAGCGGUUAUCCAAACUCAGAAAGAGACUGUCUCAUUGGCUCUGCAGGCGACGGCUCAGAAAGAGAGAGAUGACCCGGAGUUGACGUUGGUACAUGAGUCACAAUCAAAGGUGCCCCCAGGUAGCGAUUCUACAAACAUAGUCCCCGACGGUCUCACUGAAGUACAAUCCUCGAAUGUAAGCCAGAAAAACCCAUCCAUCAAAAACGAACCACAACCCAGGGAAAGCCAAGUACAGGUCGUUGAUAGAGAAUUACGAAAUUUGAAGAUGACAAUGCAACGAGACCAAGCGAAGAUGCAAUAUAUGAGAAAGAGAAUGUUUGGGCAAAAGUUAACAUGAAGGCGGGCAGUGAGGUGGAAUCGUGGGAGAUCUUUUCCAACAUAUAA